AUGACUGCUCGCAGUACUUCAACCAGUAUGCACGUGAAUCCAGUAGCUCAGAACUACGAACGGGCUGUCAGUGGAGGAGACAAGAGAGGACUUCUUGAGGAAGGUAAGUUUUAAACAAUUCAGUCGGCUGAACGAUCAUUCGAUGUGGUACCCGAAAUUGAAAAACAACUUAUCCCUCUGUACAUUUGUAGUUUAAUUUAAAUGCUUCGUAAAUGUUUUACAGACAGGUUAGUAUUUGAUCAGAGCAAGCUAGGUUCUAUCGGCAAAUGCAUGUAAUGUGUUUUCUAUUGAAAAGAUAAAGCCAUUUGAAUGUAAAUGUGGAUUUCAGUAAUUAGUGUGUUUGCAAAUCAGUAAUUGCGCUGAACAUGCCACUUCCAAAGACAAAAACGUAGGUAGUUUGCAUUAUUGCCAUUUUGCUCUUGGACUGGUGUUGGUUGUCUUAUUGUUGCGAGCUUGAAGAGCUGUAAGCCAUGAUCAGUUUGAACGAGGGAUUUGAUGUAAGCAGCUGCAGUAUAUUAAUAUACCGUUUAUGGUACCUAUAUAUAUAUUAUAUGUAAAUUCUCCUCACUCUCUUGAUUCUCUUACUUCAGUUCUCAUGUUUUCCAUGUGAGUGCUCUUAGUGAUUGGAAACAUGUUUUCACACCCCUCAGUUUGUCCCUUAGGGCUAAAGAGGGCAAAGUGCCAAGGCUGAAGAGGAAUAGGGAUUAUCGGUAUUUUAAAAUAUUUGCCACUGUUCACAAGGAGGUUUAGUCUGGAAUUAAACAUUACAUGAUAUGAGUCAGUGAGUUACACCAGUAAAAGAUUUGUGUCCAUGAAGAAUACAUUUUAUAUACAUGAAAACAUACAUGAAAAAAUUAUGCCAUCUGAUUGGCUGAAAACGAGUGCAUUUUUUAUUUGACAUGAGUGCAAAGUUGUAACAUGGGUGCAAAUUACAAACAGUGAGUGUACCCCAUCAAAUUCUGUCUGUCUUGACUUUCUUUGCAAUUUUUUUGUCUUUGAAAAGUUUACUUACACCAAUAUUUCCACUAAAUUGCAACUAAAAUCUUGUUAUUACUUUUAUGAAAUAUGAAUGUCACUGUGAGUUCCCAAAUAUAUCCCAUAUCCAACACAAGUCUGGUUGAUAGAUCUGCUAAACAGAGAGUAGUGAUUAGUAAACCAUAGGCUCCUAAAAAAACUGUUCAUCUGAUUGCCAGCAGUUGACAUUUACCUUUGCAGGCUGUCACCAUGUACAUAUGUUAGGAGUUUUGAGACAUGGAUUUGUUAUGUACUUUGUUACCAUAUGUUAACAACAAAUAAAUGUUACGAACAGGAUGUUAAAGCUGUCAACAGAUUUUGCUUCUCACAAUAUUUUAAGGGUAGAAUUUUGACUUAUUUCUCUCUUUGAAACUACAAGGGUAAGUUAUAAGGUUGAUUGAUAAACAGCCUCAAGUAACCUUGUGAUUCUAGAAUUACAAUAUUCAAGACAGUAGGAGGGUUUUGACUUUGAUUUCAGUAGAAUGAUAAUAAAAGUGUAGAUCACCCAAAUUUUAAACUGUUAUUUAUGGAGUAUGUUGCCUAUAUAGCUACAAAAUUGACAUAAAAAGAACUUUUACAAUGUCAUGUAACUACAUAUUCUUUAAUUGAAGAAUGAAUAGCUUUUCACGGUUUUAUUUGACAUCAAGAAGCAUUUGGCUGAUAAAGUUUCCCAAAGAAAAUUAUAUUGAUACAAAGAUGUGUAGUAAGGUGGCAUUAGCAGAGAGAAACUCCUUGGCUUUGCAGUACCCUUGUAGUGUAGCUACUUGUGUUAAACAUUCCAAACAAAUUUUCAAAUCAGGAAUUUUUAAAGCCUACGAUUGUUAUUUGCCGUUCCUUUAAGUACCUUUACAAAUGAUUGAUAAUCAUUGCCUGGCAGCGAGCAGGUGAGUCUACUAAGUCACGUGACUUGGGUAAUUCUUUUUGAAAGGGACAAGAAAGGUUGUUUCUUAUUCCUUCAUGGAGUUAAAUCGAAAGGAAAAUGCCGGAUUUUCAGAGCCAGGUACGUAAUUCUAUUACGGAAAGGUUUUGCUAGAAUUUUUUGUGGUCUUUCUAGAAUAAAAUGGUCGAAAGCAAAAUAAGUUCGGCACAAGAUGCUGUUUCGAUCGUGUCGGGGAAAAUGAAACGAAAACAGAGACAUUUUUGGUAUGGGAUUAAUAUAUUUUUUAAGCGUUUUGCUCCCCUGACGUUGAUAACAUAUUCAUAAACCUUUUUUGUUUUGGGAAUAACUUUGUUGUAUUGGUGAGUUUUUUUUUCCGUUAAAGAAACAACAUCGCUUUAACUUCGUGUUUCAAAAUACGUUUGAUAUUUAUAUUUACGCAAAGUUGUAACUUGAUAAGUUUGCCCUGCAGGUGAACGAAAAAUUAGAACUUUCCAGCUAAAUUAAUUGAAUAUCUCUUCCCGUAAACAGUUUUUGUUUUUCAUUAUGAUAUUUAUCAAGUUCAAAGGAAAAAGUGUUUUCUGCAGAAAUUUUUUUCGGGCAGGAUGUAUUUUUGCCUUCAGGUCUUACUUUAAAUAUACUCAGUUAUGUUAUUCUCUUUUUGAAUUGUUAAUGAAUGUUCGAGGCAGAGUCGCUUAUUCGCUGAAAUCACAAAUACAUCAUAAUUUCGCAUAUAUGUAGCUCCAGGCGUUUAGGUGAGAAUAAUUACUAGAUUACUGUCUCUGCGUGAGGAUUACUUUCAGUAUGCACAUAUGGAAGCCCACUCUGUUGAAGUCUCGGUAAGGUAACACGGCAAGUAGAGGUAUCAGUUUCUUUUCAUUUAAUUCAACCCUUCGUUGGUUUAUGCAGACAACGAUAACUCGAAAAUUCAAUAAUUUAUUCGAAAAUUCUACUUGAUAGUUUUAAGUUAUCAGGCCCUUUGAAUUUUUAAUGUCAACCACUUUUGGGUUAGAGACUAAGCUUCAAAAUAUGAAAUUCGAUGGAACGCAGCCGGAGUGCAAUCACGAAUCAAAGUAGAAAAAAAAACACGAAAGCAAAUUCAAUGAAUUAUCUGAGAAAGAAGAUCGAAAUGAUUUUGGACAACGUUUGCCUCUACAAGAUGAGUAGAAAGGCAUUGUUCAAAUGUCUAAAAAUGUCUGCUUGUCAUUUUUUUAAGUAAAAAAAUAAAUAAAUAAACAACUCUUGAUGCAUUUUAUAGAGAAGCAUCGGCUUCUUGACGUUUUAUUAUUUUCGAGAUUUUGAUGAAGUGUUGUUCCAGUGUACUUAAACAUCAUCUCCUGUCAGCUUAAUUACAAGGUUAUUGCUUCUGUAUUUGUCCACGGAUAGAUCCUAUAAUUCGUAAACAUUGUUCUUUAUAUUAAAGAUAAUUUGAUAGAUUAUGCGAUGGGUGCAGACAUAAUCAGGUGUGUGGGAUGGAAUUAACAUUUAUGAUACGUAACUUCACAUUUUGUUAAGCAAGUUUAACUCUCAUUUAUUUCCAGCAAAUUCAAUUUUUCACAGUGCUUGAAGAAAUAGCCAUGACUUAAGUAACAUGUUUUUGAAAAGAAAAUGCAAAAAUGUAACUCACGUUGCUUAUUUUAGAAGAAAUAUGCGUUAUUCCUGUGUUGGCAUUCUACAUGCUUAAUGUACCAUUUAUCAGUACCAGAAAGUUUUUUUUUGCCAGCUGCUGCUGAGAGAAGAAGGGAAAGUUACUAGAAAGUUAAGGAUGUGUUUUAUAUGGAAUUAGAUAGUUCUUAUAACUGAUUGCUUCAGUGAACAAUCAUUGUGAUCUUUAUACCAAAAUCAGAAAAAAAUGCAACGAAAAAAAUGAUAUGCUUGAAAGUGUCAUAGUGCUUAACUUUUGACAAGAAUGUUAAGGUGAUGAUUUUAAAAGUCAAAAAGAAGCAGCAAGGUUUACUUAUAUGUAUUUUGGAUGAUUACAUAUUUUGGUAUGACUGAUGUGUUCCCAUAUGUCAUAUAUUGUUAUAUGCAAAGCAUAGAACAAAACAAAACCUAGGCAUGCUAGGUAUGCGAGAGCCUUUUUGUGUGUGUGUGUGUGUGUGUGUGUGUGUGUGAGUGUGUGUGUGAGAAUGUGUAGGUGGUUUGGAAAGGGACACUAAGUAACUGAUGUUUGCAUUUUUGAAAAAGAGAAAGAGCAUUUACCUUCAAACGAUUCCAGUGAAAAUAUUGUUCAAUAAUGGCCAAAAAGUAUCUACUCGUCUGAAGUAAACUCAGACUUGGGUAUUUUAUGGUCUAUUGCCACUGGUGUCUUAAUAAUUCUGAGCAGAAAUUAACUUCAUUGUUGCCAUGCUUCCUUACAGCUGUUAUUGGGUCUUGUCAAGCAAUGUGCUCUCUUCCCCUAUUGUGUGACAAGAUCAAACAAUGGCCUGCUCAUAGACUAAGAACAUGCUUACUGCCAUUCCUUUGUUGGAGAAAAAAAUCAAAAUUAUUUUGUUAUAGCUAGUUGCCUCAAAAAUAUUCUCCCAGAUAAUUUUGCAGUGGAAAGCAAUAAUUGAUUGGUACUGAAAGAUCUAAGCACAAGAGAAUUGCAUGGAAAAUUGACUAAAGUAACAUUUAGUUCCAUGUGAAAUUAUAUCAGCGGGGAAGGAUUAAUUAAAAAAUAACUUGAAAAUCAGCAAAGAAGGGAUUGUCCAUGGUUAAUGGGCAUGUGAAUAUGUUUACAAAAAUUGAAUUCGUGUGUUGUCUGUUUCAGGUGGAAGUGGUGAUGAGCAUGGUAAUGUCUGCAUGUUAGACCUGUAGUUUCAGUUUCUUGUCUGGCAAUCUGUCAGUAAUGUAUCACUCUCGAUUCAACUUAUAUUGAAUUAUAAGCUUAAGCUAGAUCAGUCAGGGAGAUAAAUUAAUAGGAAUAAUUACAAAUGCAUAUUAGUCAAUGAUCUAACCAUUCUGACCUUACAAAUCAAUUGAUUCCACUUGGUUUGUUUGGAUGUUAUUAAUAUUAUUUUGUUUAAUUUUUGUAUUUCACUGGCAGGUUCCUCUGAGGAGCGUGGCUUUUGUGAUUAUUUGCUGACAUUUUUCUCCUUCUUAAUAUUUAUCUGUACGCUGCCUUUAUCACUGUGUUUCUGUAUAAAGGUAAUGACCUUCUUAGGUUACUGUUGACAAAAUUAACUCAAAAUUUUCAAAAUAUCGCUCUUUAGAUAGAGAGAGCAGUUAAGUUUAAUUUUAAAAAAAAAAUACAAAAUCUUGAAAAAAAGGGCAAUGCGACUGCAAAAAAUAUUUUAAGGGAACCAUGGUUUCUUUAGAAGUAGCACAGGUUGGAGGAUUUUUGCACAAGGCGCCCUAUUUUGUUGACAAUAAUCUUAAUAUUAAUCCAACUCACCUACUUUUUUGCAUUAAUUAGCUGUUGUAGGGAACCAAUAUUGUUAUUUUUUAUCAGUUCACAAAAUCAUAUUACAAAGUCAGGAGAAAUUUUAACAGAUUUUCUUCUGGUGUAGUUUUCUUUUAAAGGUUUUAUUGUCUUAAUCUUUUUUUGAGUUCUGUCAGGGAGUUAAUUGUAUCAUGUGUAAACAAUUUUUACAUUUUCCUUUUCAUUACAAAUGGAAAGGACAACACAUCUAUUGCAAACUAGCUGUAAUUUAAAUUGCUCCAUUAUUGGAAUUAUGAGAAAUAAAAAUGAUUCUUUUAAAAUUUAUUAAAAAGGUUUUUUUUUUAUUUGUUGGCAUUUAAUAUUCUUGAUUUUGUCUUUACUGUCACAUAGGUAUAAAAUUAUAAACAUCUAUUAUUUUAUGUCAACAAACUUCUUAAUCUGGCGUAACAAUUUUUUUCCUUUCCUUGUGAUUAAGAUUGUACAGGAGUAUGAGAGAGCAGUUAUUUUCCGUCUUGGUCGACUUCUUCCUGGGGGAGCAAAAGGACCAGGUGAAAAUUAUGGACCUGUUUAUACAAUUACGAAUUAGAUAUUAUUGUUCACAUUGAAAACUGUCAUUUUUUCAUGGCACUGCAAUUGAAAUUUUCCAAUCAUUUGCUAUGAUUUUGAAAAUUACCUCUAAUGUCAAUUAAACCACAAAAUGUUAGUGCAGUAAGAUUAUAGAAGAAACUUCUACAUGAAAAAGAAUAAAUCAAUAUGAAUUGAAGUUGGUAAGCAAUAACAAUAGGACUGAGUGGAAUCCAAUUCGGCUUGUAAUCAUGCAAGUUAUUGACAAAAUAGGACAACUUCAAAGCAAGAGUCUGAUUUGUCAAUCAUAAGUAUGAUUACAGACAGAAUUGGACAAUGUAUAGUCCUGUUACCAAUUAAUCAAACGUAACCCUAAGCAAAAAACAGUAAUUAACUUGGAAAAUGCAUGACAACAGCAUGUGCACAUAACCCAUUCUGUCCACUUACACAGGCAUGGCAUGUUAACUAUCCCUUUAACUGUCCUAUUACACUGUCCAAAUACAAGCAUGACAUGUACACUGUCCUAUGCAGUGCUCAAAUCAGGCUGUGAUAAUCAAUCACAUUCAAAAAUUUUGUUAUAGUUUUGAUUAAGGAUGACAAAAAUUAAUUUGGAUUCUACUUGACAAAUAUUAGACCCCUAAUUUAACUUCUCUUAAUUGAUAAAGACACAAGAAAUACAUUGUGAAUGAUAAUGCUUGAAACGAAGCAUCUGUAGGUUGUGAGAUUGACCCUGGCAAACUGUUAAUUUUUUAGGAAUGUUCUUUAUUCUGCCAUGUAUUGACUCCUACCAAAAGGUAGACCUGAGAGUCGUGUCAUUUGAUGUGCCACCUCAAGAGGUAAAGAACAACAUAGUGAAGCAACCUUAUUUUCUUGGGGACAGGUAAUUUAUAUAUUAGUUAAGAAUGGUGGAUCUGAAAGUGUGGUCUGAACUCCAGGUGACAGUAGAUUUGAGGAAGACUUUUGUUGGUUAUUUCAAGACAAAUAAUUCAGUAGUAUGUGUAUUUAUGUUAACAAAAAUUUUGGCAGGUUUUGACCAAAGACAGUGUUACUGUAGCAGUUGAUGCAGUGGUAUAUUUCAGAAUAUACAAUGCAACCAUGUCCAUCACCAAUGUGGAAAAUGCCAAUCGUUCCACACGUCUGCUAGCUCAGACCACCCUGAGAAAUGUGCUGGGAACCAAGAACCUCAGUGAGAUAUUAGGUGAAAGAGAAAGUAUCAGUGAAACAAUGCAGGCAAGUAUGUCAUAUGUAACUUCAUAGUAAAGCAAAACCAUUGCAAUUCUAUACUAUAACCAAGUCUGAGAUGCUUUAGAUCAACUCCUACUUUUUAUCUCUGAUUACGUUAGAAGUUUUCAUUGGUUGGAUGCAUGUAUUGUGUGAUUAAGUGCAUGACUAAGCAAGUUACAAAGAAGUAAGUAACCUCCCUUAGUAUUCUUGAUAUCACCUUAGGGCUCAACCCUUCCAUUUGUGUAGCUUAUUUUGAAUCAAACGUUGCAUUGUUGUUGUAUUUAGAUUUGAGGCACAUUAGAAAGUAACUGGGAAAAAAUUUUUUGUUGUUUUAAUUUGUUAAUUUGUUUAUAUUUUGUUGUUAAUUUGGGUGAAUGUACUGUUCCACAGACUUCUUUGGAUGAAGCCACUGAUCCAUGGGGUGUCAAGGUUGAGCGAGUGGAAGUGUAAGAACAUUCACAAUCUUUUUAUUGCUCUUAAUGUUCUAGUUGCUGUUGUCCUUGUCACAUUUGUGUGUUGUCUGACAUUACCAGUAAUGGUGAAGUUUACAGUGAUAAUAUUGUUAACAAAGUCUGCUAAACAUCAAUUUUUUGCAUAAAUGUCUGUUUUUUGAUAACCUGUUAGUAACUGUUAAUUGAUUUUACGAGAUUCUAAAAUCUCAUAUGUCUCUUGUUGAUUUUUGUCCACAGGAAAGAUGUGCGUCUUCCUCAACAACUGCAGAGAGCCAUGGCAGCAGAGGCUGAAGCUUCUCGUGAAGCUCGUGCUAAGGUACUCCACCAAAGUUCACAUUUAGCAAAGUUAUUGUAUUGUUUCUUCUGAUCAGUAACUUUGUAUUUCUCUUCAACUAGAAAAAGUUACUUGAAGUCAUUGUAUUGUUUCAUUACAGUACCAAUUUCAAAAAAAUUCUAUUCAGAUUUUAGAAAUGAAAAAAGAGAGAAGAGAAUUCUUCAGAGAAAGCUUUCACAAUGAGUUGUACUUUUCACAUCAGGUCAUUGCUGCAGAGGGUGAACAGAAUGCAUCUCGUGCACUGAAGGAAGCUGCUGACAUAAUUUCAGAGUCGCCUUCUGCUCUCCAACUCAGAUACCUGCAGACACUGACAACCAUCUCAGCAGAGAAGAAUUCCACUGUUAUUUUCCCUCUCCCUGUCAACUUUUUGGCUAGACUUCUUCCAAAUGAGAACAAAUGAGUAGAUGAAAGAAGGAAGUGUUCAUCCUUGACUGAAAUUAGUGUUCUGUGCUUAUGAAUGUUUAUUUCCAACACAAGAUGUAGAUAUAGAAAUAAAUGGAUGACACUGUGUAUAUAGCAGAAGAAUCAACUAAAAAUUUAUUUAUUGUUAGCCUUGCAACUUGUCUUACUAUUUAAGGAGAUAUAGAUUACGUAUGUUAAGGAGCAGUAGCCACGUUGUUUAUGAUAUUCCUUUCUAUUAGUAGAUAUUCUCUAUUGCCAUGCUUUGUUGUAAAUGCUAUAGACAUAUUCACUAUGCUAACAGUUAGCUUUGGACAGUCUUUUUCUAGGAAUAAUAGUAACAACAAUAAAUAAGUUUUUUGAGCAUGUGAUUAUUUCAACUUACCUAGGUUGCUAUGCAACUCAAGGCUUUUUCUUGUUUUAGGUUAAUUUUCCCCAUUACUUUUCCCCAUGGACUUAUUAUUCUAAGGUUUAGUCAUAGUAUCUGCAUUUAAAAUGGUGAUUUGUGGCUAAAUUAAAGACUGGAGAUGCAAAGGGUUUUAAGAGAGAGAAAAAUGACAAGCUUUCAGGAGUAACUUGAAUUUUUUAUUGAGGUUAAUUUUGGUUUGUUAGACUAAUCUAUAGCUCCAUCAACUGAAAUUAAGAUUAAAUUUAAAGUACUCAUAUCAAAGGUCAAGUUGCUGAAUAAAGAGCACUCUUCUCACAGAUAAGAUGCAAUGGUUUGUGGUCAUGCAUUGAAGAUGAGUGAGGAACUGGAAGAGGUUCAGUUGUAGACAUUUUUCAUAACAGUGAUGCUAUACCAGCGUCUUACUAAAUUAUGGGAAAAUGCACUCUUGUUUCAUAUUAAUAAAUUUUUGACCAAUCAGAUGAUCACCGGCAUCUAGUAACCCCUCUACUCUUUGGGUGGAAAAUAACGUGAUAAAUAACUAACGCAUAACUUUCUUGCUUCAUGGCCUCAAAAAUCUAAAAGUGAUUUCUUUAUCGUGGGUCUUAGCUGUCAAAAGGAAAGAAUUUGGGUUGUGUCCUCGUGUACCGGUACACAAAGGAAGGAAACAUUAACGAACUGCGUCAUAACUCCAUGUAUGGUUAUGAAAACAAAAGGAAUUCCCUCGUGUACCGGUACACCAGGACAGCCCCAGAAUUUGGACGUAUUAUUUCCAUUCUGCAAAAGUCACACUAAAUAUGUUACAAGGAAAUUUUUUGGCUUAGUUUGAGAAACCGUACUAGAUAUUGUCAAACAGAGGACUGGUUCAUGGUGCUUUUUCUUUUUUCCCUUUUAGUUUUUGAUGAAUACAGUCUUGCAUACUUAAUAACCACGAUAAAAUUGAUGUGUACCUUUUAAUAACCCCUGCAAGGUAAUAACUACAAACUAGCUAACAAUGGUAAGCGACUGAUGAUCACGGAACGCAGCUAAGUUUUAUAGCCAUCGCAAACGGGCUUAUAACUUUAAUUGAGCUGCAUUAGGAUUUGUGUUUAUUUGUGGCUUCGCCGGGCCAGGAUUAUUGUCGGAAACUGAUUAAAAACUACCCUUUCCGUUGGCGUGGCGGCAAAGGCAGGUGUGUGACAAAAGACAACUUAGCCUCUCCUGGAAAGGAUCCCAGCACUAUACUUCCUUAUUAGGUAAUGGAUAAACCUUGAUGCAUGCACUCCCUCGGUUGCUUGUUGCUCGCCUUCUCCAUACUCUCUGAAAUAUCUGAAAUCUGGCAAACGCUAAAGAAACGUCAACGGCGCUAAUGGCGUCUGAAGGUGAGUCAUUAACGGUGUCUAAAGGGAUAAACGGGGGUAACUUGCCUGCUUACGACCAAGAUGUACCUUAAAGGUGCGCGAUGGUUAUUUCGCUCCCCGCACUCGUUUCUUAUUUACCCAUCCUCAUCGCGGUGAUGUUGUGAAAAUUAUAACAAAGAAGUUAUGUUUAUUAGAGUUUUAGCAAACAAUUAACGUUGAAUGUAAAAGUGAACGUUAAGUUAUUUUUUAAAAGCUUCUGUCUAACUUUGAAAGAUUGUCAAACGGUAAACUUGGGUGCUGUAUUUAUAUCGAUAAGUCUUGUCGACGUCAUUCGAUUUUUCUGGUAACAAAUUUUCGCUUUACGCGUUUUCAGCUCUGGUGUCGAUUCUUUACCUUUAAACAUCGAACACUGAUUUAAUCAGUUACGUGCUUCUGUAAAGAUAGCUUUUUAGGAUCAACCGGUUCAAACUUCUUAUCUGGCUUACCAAGCGAUGGAAGCCGAGAAAAAUUCUGGGCUAGGAAGCCAUUCACUCUCAAAACAAUUCAUGUUAACGGAACGUUUAACGGAACGUGAGCCUCGAAAAAUAUUUUUUUUUUAUUGAUCCAUUACAGUUCAAACGUGUGUAUUUUCUAAUACACACAUUUGUAAAGCUUUCAAGUUUUGUUUCGACUGCAGAGUCACAUUUAGGUAUGCUCAUCGGAACGGUAUAGUGGUUGUUUACGAGCUUGCACAGUGCACCCAGAUUUCUUAGUUUUACAUUCGUAAAUUCCUUACCAAACCUUAUUACAUCAUUUUCUGUCAGAGAAGGUGUCUCGAAAACAGAAAUGGUCUUUCUUUGUUAAUUCUAGGGAAGAUUCAUCUGAAUUCCCUACAUUAGUCAGUAACUUCCCCGCUUAAUUAUUUAUGAAGGAAAAUCACCUUCAGGAUGUUUUUCAUGUAAAGAGUUCUUUGGUCAAUCAAGGUUGUUGAUCAGUUGUUUCAAACUGUAAAUUCGUGGAGAACCUAGGCAUUACAAAGGUAGUGAAGCCAUUAGUGAACAGAAGGUGGCCAUCAUUCACACCUCUUGCUGAGUUAGUAAUUCCAGAAAAUAUCUUAAUGGUUUUUAAUGAAUAUCUAGCUUCAGCCAUAGUGCCUGAAUGUCUGUAAAUCAACAUAGCGCCCUAACCAUAUUCUGUAUUCAUUAAAGUUUUGAUGAUAAUGGUGUGCUACAGUGAAAAGCUAAUGAGAACAGUCAUUCAUUCUGAUAAUACAACUUCAUCUUUUUUUCUCUGCCUCUUAGUGGGACGAGACCAGUAGUGAUUAAUCAAAUUCUGUGGCUUUGUAUUAUUGGUUAUAGUUUAAAUUCUUCUUUGCCAAAAUACUUUCCUCCUAAUCAGUCUAGCAAUAAAAAUAUGAACUGCAAGCUUGGUAGGGGUGUUUAGAUAUUUCAAUGCAUUAAAUGUGAACAAGCUGUCAAAUAACAAAAAAUUAAUAUAGGUAUUGCUUGCAUGUCUUUACUUUUUGACUUAACGUAGCUUAAGUUUCCUGUAUGAAUCUUUUUUUUCAGAGGAUUCAGGUGACCGUGGUUGCUGUGACUAUUUACUCACAGGCUUGUCUAUCAUCCUGUUUGUGUGUACUUUGCCAUUAUCUUUAUUCUUUUGUUUAAAGGUAAGUUCACUAGAGGUAGUUUUCUAUUGUAAGCCCCUUUUUUAAAGAUUUUAUUUAGAUAACAACUUAGUUACAAGUUUCAUGAAAUGAAAAAGUUGAUUAGAUUUUUUUUCUUUUGUGGACACAAAAACAGAUUGUACAAGAAUAUGAGAGAGCAGUGAUCUUCCGCCUUGGUCGUCUGCUGCCUGGAGGAGCCAAAGGACCAGGUAAAUAACAGUUAAUGGCUGGAACAUAGCUUGGUACACAAAACUACUUGUAUAUGAUCUUAACCUUGUAUCAGCAAAGUGAUACUUUUUGGAAAUGUCUUUUCCUUUAUCAGUGGUCUGAUUUAGCUAUAUUCCAAACAUUUGGAACCUUUGUAUACUUGAUAAUUUUUUAUUUAUAAUUUUCAGAGCGUUUUAUAGUAAUUUUUUAUGGCAUUAUUUUAGGUCUCUUCUUUAUUCUGCCUUGUAUUGACUCCUAUCAGAAAGUUGACCUAAGGACAGUGUCCUUUGAUGUUCCACCACAAGAGGUAACCACAGUUGUGGUAAAGAUAGUGUAAGAAUCAAGUGCUUAUGCAGUCAUCCUUAAUAGUAAUUUUCUCUACAAUCAUGACAAAAAAAGUUUAUGUUUAUAUUUGCCUAGUGGUUUGGUAAAUUCUUGUUUACAGCAUUUGCAGGAGAGAUGAUGAUUUUUGGAAAUGUUCAUUGAAACAUUUUUGUAAAUUUUAGUAAAAUGAUUUAGUUGCUGAUAGUGAUGUAACCUUUGGCUAACAAACCUGAGUGCUUGAGAGAAUUAGUGAGGCACAGCUGAAAAAAAUUCAGGCUCAAAUGAUUUUAUUUUGCUUUUGUUUCAUGGACAUUGUUAAAUUGAUGUGAAAUAAACUCUAAACUUAAGCCUACAAGAUGAAAAAUGCUGGGUAUAAUAAGUAAGUUUUGGAUGAGGUUGAGCAUGAUUUCAUGAGUUAUAGAUGUCAAGGUGUGAGUUACCUGCCAAAGCUGAAGGCUGAGGCAGAUAACACAGACACAAGGUUUGAUAAUUCAUAAUAUCAUGCAAAAACAAAUUCAAUAGUUGUUUUGUUAUUGUAAUAGAUUAGGAUCCUUCCAGACCCCUUGCAUUCAGAGACUGUAAGCACAUGCAGUUGACAUUAACAAGUAGCGAGCACAUGAUUGGUGUUGUGAGCUCCAGAUAUUACAAUAGCUGGCAAGGAGGAUGGCAAGCAGCGUUGCAUGACCAAAUUUUUUGUGGGCUAAGAAAUUUGUACCAAAUAUUAUAUAAAUAUUGUUAAACAGUCUGCUAAAGAAGACACUUCUUUCUGAGUUUGCAAAACUUUGUGAGCACUACACAGAUGAGGAGCUUGGAAACUAGGCAAAUUUUAAACUCGACAUUACAACCCAUUAUCUGGUGUAGAUAUUGGGUUAUCACAUUAACUUCACACUCUAUUGUAGAUUGACUGUAUGCUCUUGACCAAUCGGAGUUUCAUAAGAAGCCUAAUGUAUAAUGAUGUCAUUUAUAAUGUGUUCCCUUUGGUUGAAUUUUUUUCUGUAGGACAUAUGUGGCACUUAGUGUAUUUUUUAGCCACUUCCAAUCUGAUCAGCUGGUUGUGCCUUUGAUUUUUUAUAGAUUUUGACAAAAGACAGUGUUACUGUUGCUGUUGACGCUGUGGUAUAUUUUAGAAUCCAUGAUGCAACUAUGUCCAUCACCAAUGUGGAAAAUUCCAAUCGUUCCACACGUCUGCUAGCUCAGACCACCCUUAGAAAUGUGCUGGGAACCAAGAAUCUCAGUGAGAUAUUGGCUGACAGGGAAGUUAUUAGUCAUGUCAUGCAGGUGAUAACAGAAUCUGAGUCUGGAUCAUUGCUGUAUGUUUUAAUUAAGAAUUUUUAAGCUGUAACAGGUUGAGAAAUCAAUGGCAAGCAAAUUGCUGACUUCAUUGGAAGAUUCCAAUAAUUUUUCUGCUGCCAAACCUAAGUUUGACACAAUGGUUAUAUUAGCCAUUCUUGAAUGCAUUUUAAAGGCAAGAAUCACCCUUAACAAUCAAACAAGUUGAAGCUAAUAUUUUGAUACAGGCUGUGUAAUGUGUGGAACUAUUUGUCUUGUGUACAUAAACAGCAGAAAUAAGUCAUUUGUGAUUUUUCAUGAAAUAAUGAUCAAACCCUUGAUAACUUGAGUAACUUGAAUGUUGUGCAUGAAGAAAAAGUUGUGUGGAUCAUAUCUUGUGUUUUCUUUUCAUUAGAGCUCACUUGAUGAAGCAACUGAUCCUUGGGGUGUUAAAGUGGAACGUGUGGAAGUGUAAGUUAAAGCUUUAUCCAGCUUUUUAAAUUGGUUCCUAGUUUUAACUUGAAGCUGUACAUGAAAAUGCUCCUCCCCCCUUAAAAAAAAGAAAAUAAAUGAAUAAAAAUGACUGACAUAACAUGUACCUUACAGGAAGGAUGUACGUCUUCCUCAGCAACUACAGAGAGCCAUGGCAGCAGAGGCUGAGGCUUCUCGUGAAGCUCGCGCCAAGGUAUGAAAUUUUGUCAUUAAUAAGAAAUCUCAGUUUUGUGGUUGGUCAUCAGUGUUACAGUUAAUUAGUUAUAUGUAAGAGCUGCCUUUUUUUUAAGUUUACAUAGGCUCCCUUUGAUUACAAAGGAAGCUGACGUGAAGUAGUCAUUCUAGAUUUAUAGAUUCGGUUCUAAUUUCAAGCUUUUGUAUUAUAACUCGUAACUUGGAUUAUAAAAUUGAGUGAUCUGUAUAUUCAGGUUAUUGGUGUUUAGUUAAGAGGUGAUACUGAACUUAAAUGACUUUGAAUAUCAGAAAUUAAGUAAAAUUAAAACAAAGAUACUUCAAUAGAUGAAGCUGUAAGAUUAGAAAAAAUAUCAUUUGGUGAGGUGUUCUUUUCAUUUCAGGUUAUUGCUGCUGAGGGUGAACAGAAUGCAUCUCGUGCACUGAAGGAAGCUGCUGACAUCAUCUCAGAGUCUCCUUCUGCUCUUCAGCUGCGAUACCUACAGACAUUGACAACAAUCUCAGCUGAGAAGAAUUCCACAAUCCUAUUUCCUCUCCCUGUUGAUUUCAUGAGCAGAUUCUUACCAGACAGGAAAGGUUAAUGAAAUUGAGAGAACAAAGAAUGAGAAAAAACUUGCAUCAUUGCAAAAUAGUUGAUUAUUCAAAAUAGAUAUCAGUGCUUUUUAUCAUAAAGGAACAUGAAGAUUCAGAGCUUGAGAUUAACAAGAACAAAUCAUGUAGUAGUGAUAAUUUCACAUUAUAUAGCAGCCAGAUUUUUUAAAAUUUCUUCUGUUGUACAGAUUUGUGAAAGAAACAAUUCUUUAUCAGUAUAACAGAAAUGCAAAUGGAGCCAAAAAAAAACGUGUUUCCAGUUGAUCGCGAUUGAUGCAGUGCCUUUUAUGGUAAGCCAGCUACUUCUCUCGUGUACUGGCAAACUGGGCAAAGCCUGUGACAACCCCAUCAUAGGACGGACUGGAUUAUGGAUUCUUUUACUGAUGAAACAGAAAUAACAUGAUAGAUGCUUUCAAAGAUAUUUCAUUUAUUUAGUUUAUUCCUUCCACAUGAUUGCAGCUUUAGUGUCUAUGAGCUCUAUUCAAAUCUAGUUUAGUGGGAUGAAAAGUGCAGAUCCCCACCAAAAAUUAAGUGACCAUUAUAGCCAUUCUAACUUGUUAAUUAGUAGUGCUUGCCAACAUCUGAGUAAUUUAGGAGUUAGUCUUGAGCUCUGAAUGCAUAUUUCAGUUUAUAUGAGUAAUAUUUCUGCAUUAGACAUAAGCUUAUUUACUCAGGGUUAACAAUGGAUGUUGAAUAAAAUUAAUGUACUUCUCAACUUUUUCUUUAGAAAUGUGUAAUGUUCAAAAAUUGAUUGAUGUUGGAACAUCUCAACAGACAUGCUAGAAACAGUCCUAUGGCAAGGGCCAUGCAAUAUACAAUUAUAGCAUUUUUAUCUAAUCAAUUCUGAUGGGCUUACAGUUCCUAUUGAUUUAGUAAAUAGAAAAUAUUAUGAAAUGUGAUAAUUAGGAUAAUUCUGAUCAGAGGACUCUAAGAGUCUGUACUAGUUUGUUUUCAAGUAGAAAAAAGUUGUGUUACUUUCUUUUUUUAAAGUUAAUGUUAUGUGGUUAUGUUGUUAGAAUUGAGAAUAUGUAUGUGCUUACUGAUGUAUAGUGUUAAGAUUAUCACCUUGUCAGGCUGGAACACUACUGUUAAAAUUCAAAGGUCUCUAUUCUAUCAGACACUGAAAGGGCACAAAAAGAUAUUCCACCAACAUAUCACACGUAAAAGUAGUGAGCUGUAAUUUUUUUGGGGGGCUGGUUCAUAGACUGGCCUAAACAUCUAUUGUAGACAUGCUGUGUUGCAUAAUAGCAUAAUAAACAUAUAAAGAAUCAUGCCAUGUUAUGGUUGUCCCAAUUCAUUUUCACCAGGAAUUUCAAUCUCUUCUCCUUGGUUUAAGUACAAUGCUUUUAAUUGCUUGUGUUAUCCUACAAUGUGGAGACAAUCAAUGAAGCCUAGAAUUGACUCUUUAUUAAAAGAGAUAUCAUUAUUUACACUCCAAGUUGCAGCUAGCAGUCUUCAAACAGACAGUGUGAAUACAUAGUUUGUUCUUUAUUUCUGCCUUGCACAAACCUGUUGUGGUCUAGUUUGAGUCUCAAGAAAGAAAUCAGUUGACAAAUGCCAAAGUCCAAUAGAAAUUUGAUCCAGGCCUUUGUUUCACACAUGUACAACAGAGUCUCAUAGCUGUAAAUCCUUAAUAUGAUUUACAUCAUUCCUCUUUCAAGAUUCAGAUUAAUUUGAGUUAAAGGGAAAAUUCCUAUUCUGUUUAAAUGAUAUUUUACUUAUUCUGUUUAAAUUUUUACCAGACCAAAACAUGAAUAAGGGAAAAAAACUUGUGGAUCCAUUAAAAAGUAGCAAAUUUUGAACUGAAAACUGUUUGAAGUAUGACAAGAUAGUAGUAUUGAUGUAAGGGUCCUGUGUUCAACUCAUGAUUCAAUGAGGAAAUUCUUCUUAAUGAAUUACAAACUAAAAUUAGGGGGAAAAAUGCAGAGGCACUUGUAAAACUGUACAUUACCUAUAAUUUUGUUUGGGCAAAAGAACAAAUUUGGGUUGGUUGUAUGAUGAUAACAAAAUAAGAAACCCUAUUUUUAAUUAAAAUAGAAUUGAUGGAUUAAUUUUGGCGUGUGAGUAUGUUGAGUUACUGUGUUAAAAUUUUAAUUUAUGUAUUUGUGUUUAGGUCAUGCAGUUCGCUUAGUGUCACCUGCGCACGUUUUACAGGGGGUAAAAGUGAAAGAUGUUUCUCAGGGUUACCAACUGAGAUUUCCUCAUCAAAGAAACGAAAAUAGCUUUGUAACUUUUGUAUUGCCAAAAUUAUAAAUAUUUUAGAUAUAUCCAUGACAACUAAAAAAUAGAGAAAUUGAUAUUUUGACACCUUUGGAUAUGAUUGGUUGUCCCUCGGGAGGAGUAUAUAUCACGUGAUGUAGCUGGGUUGAAGUCUGAGUUGUUUGCAAUCGCAGCUUGCCUUGUCUUGCCUUCUACGACUACAAAUUCCCUGAAAAUGGCCUCGGAAGGUAAGAAUUAAAGUCCUCUUUCAGGUUAAAAGAAAUGAGAAAAUUAAAUUUCAUGUUAGUGGAAUUUCAGCGCCAAUUUUUAGACUUCAUGGGGGUAAAAAAUGGAUUAAGAUCGUUAAAGCGACCCGAAAAUUCCGUUUUUAGCUAACUCUGAGGCAAAAGUUAAUCGUUUCUUCAACAUAUACCAUUCAAGUUUGUUGUUGCACAAAGUUCUGGGAUUAUCUACUCGAAUCAUCAUGUCGUUUCAAGAAAAUUUGAUCAAAUCUUAUGUUGAAAAACCAUCUCACUUCAACAUAACAGAACACCAGAAGUGAAUGAUGCUGCUGCUACUUGCAAAUUAAUUAACAUUACCCGAUCCUAACUCGCUCGAUGAUUUAUGUGCGGUCAAACAUGCGUUUCUUGAAAUAUCACCUCAUUUCCUUCCCUGCGUUUGUACCGAAAAUGGUUAAAAGAGGAACCAUCAUUACUGUGGGGUCGUUAAUGAACUUAAGCAUGUCGUAAGUGCUAAACAUGGAUCAUGUAGGAAAUUGCUGCAACAAAUGAAACCUGCAGAAUCGUUUAAUUAUGGUGCGCAUUAAAUACGUUGCUUCAACAUGAGCAUGUUAGGUUUGUAUAUGACAGUAGUUGUGAAACUGAAGAUGGUGGUGAUGAUAUCAGAGGCGGUGCAAUUGAAGUUUUCAAAUCGCUCGAACUUUUAUAAUAGUUCAAAUAGUUUUCUCUGACUUCAUUCAUUGCACUUGUUAAUUUCAAGCUAAAGUGGCUUCAGGUUGCAUAAUAUUUGGGUUCAUUCGUUUGUGUACAUUGUGUUGUUAUGAAAAUCAAAGCUACAAACCAUCUUCCACAGAUAGUUUGUACUGUUAUUAGGUAAGAACCUUCCUUGGUAAGAUAAAAAAUAUAUUCAGAGUAGCUGUGUACGUGUAGUAUAUCAUUGUAUUGUUUAGGAUUGAUGAAUAUUUUAACAAUUUAACAACUGUAUCUUUUGCAAUUGUAAUGGAGUGUUUAUCAGUAAAGUCACUUACAGUGUUGACUAUGACCUUUCCACUGAGUUACCUCUAUUCCUAUGUAAGCAAUGAUAUCUACUGGUCAAGUGUUUCAUUAUGAAGUCUGUUCUGCUGUGUAGUUGUUUUACAGCCUUGUGUAGGGCAUUUUCUUUAUAUGAUCUCUUAGUGGUUUGCUGUUGUAUUUUGUCUUGAAUUUGCAAAUUUCAAUUUUUUUUAUUCAUUUGUAAUGUAUCUUGGAAAAAUUAAAAUCAGAGCUGGUGAAUUGGUAAAUGUUUUUGUUGAUUGUUUUUUUUUGCUUGGUUUUUUUUUUAUAGAUGAUGAUGUUUCAAGAGGGUUUUGUGACUAUGUUCUGACAAUUUUGUCUUUCCUUAUCUUUAUUUGUACUCUGCCUUUCUCAUUGUGUUUUACUUUGAAGGUAAGCAAAUUGGUGAAUGUAGUAAGAUAUUUGAGAUCAUGAGUGCUCUGGUAUGUGCCUCUUGAACUUAGCUUUAUAUGUUUUCAUCAUACUUGAUAUAAAUGUAAUUAAGACAACUUUCAGUGAGAAAUAUGCAUAAACUUAUGAUAAUAAGGGAUGAUUUUGUUUACAGAUUGUGCAGGAAUAUGAGAGAGCAGUUAUGUUCCGUCUUGGUAGAUUACUUCCUGGAGGAGCUAAAGGGCCAGGUAAAAUGCAACACUAAAACAAGAAUAACUUGAACCAAAAAGCUUUGCCUUAGAGGAAUAGGAAGUAAAUCUUAGACCAUAAUAUAUGUAAUAAUAGAAAAUUGGUAUCAUAUCUGAUUAGAGUUUUGUAUAGAUCCUUAUCUUGUUCUUGAUUGAUGGUGGAACAAUAUUGGUACUGAAUUAAAAUGAAUAUGAAUAUGAAAGCCAGUAGUGUGGGCUUUAUAUUCUCUACUACCUAGGAAGUGAACCUUUUCUGUGAAGAUUGCUUUCGUAUUCAUUACAUAGUCAGCAGUUCACAUGCAUGAUUUUGGUUUAUUCACAGUUAUUAAUAUUGGUACAGUUUUAAAGUAAUAGGUUGUAUAUGGAAGCUAACCAUAAGAAAUGAAUAGUGAUUGUCACUUGCAACUAUUCCGAUUUGGGUUGGCAUGAAUGAUCAGACCACAUCAUCAAUUCCAGUUUUAAAUAAACAAUAGACUUUGUUUUGUGUAUCAUAUAUUGUUAUAUCCUCUGAUCAUUUCUUACCAUUAUUUUUGUGCAGGGUUAUUCUUUAUUCUGCCCUGUAUUGACUCUUAUCAGAAGGUGGAUUUGAGGACUGUGUCAUUUGAUGUCCCACCUCAGGAGGUAUUGACAGUUCUAUCUUGGUUGUAUGAUUUGUUGUUUGAAGAGUGGUCUAUAGUGACAGUGCUGUUAGUUUUGAUAAUAACCAAGUAUCAACAUUGGCUUUCAGAUUCUGACCAAAGACAGUGUGACUGUUGCAGUGGAUGCAGUUGUUUACUUCCGCAUCAGUGACCCAACCAUGUCAGUCACUAAUGUGGAAAAGGCUGAUCAGUCAACUCGUCUGCUUGCACAGACAACACUGCGAAAUUUCCUUGGCACCAAAAAUCUCAGUGAAAUUUUGGCAGACCGUGAAGAGAUCAGCCAUGCUAUGCAGGUACAGACAUACUUUUGAAAUCAUUAAUUUAUGUCUCUUGGAAAUUAGUGGACUGGGAUUUAUUUGUUUGUUACACUUUGUAGACUUCUCUUGAUAGUGCCACAGAUCCUUGGGGUGUAAAAGUGGAACGUGUUGAAGUGUAAGUACUUUAAUUUGUAAUUCUUGCACUCUAAAAUUUCUGAGCAUAGAGCUUUGAGUGCGUAUUAUAGAUUGUUAUCUUGAAGAAUACUGAAUCACCAUCCAAGUGGGAAGAAAAAGCGCUACUCUCCAUCUGGGAGCUAUGGGAGUCAAUUUUGUGUACAGAUUUAAAACAGGGGAUAUACUUCUUAUUACAUGUGAACUGGUUAGUCUUUCUGAAAGAACUUUCUGUCUGCUAUUAGUGAUGAUGUAAUAGAAGAUUCGAAAAUAAAUUAUUGAUAUAAAAAAAUAUAUAUAUAUAUAUUUUUUUUUUAACAUGAAACUAUGACUCUUUGAAGCCAUCUUGAUUUCUCUUUCUUCACAGUUUUGAUUAAGUGUGGAAAAGUAUCAAUGCAUGUUACAUGAGUUUGGUGAAUGUGACUGAGUGUGAAGUUUGGGUCCUUGGUUAUGCAAAUUACCUCCUGUAAUUCUUGAGAACAGAAAUUAUUUUUGCUAGCAACUUUCAUCAGAACAUCCUUAGUAGCAAUAUGUACUCAUUUAACCUUGUAGGAAAGAUGUGCGUCUUCCUCAACAGCUGCAGAGAGCCAUGGCAGCAGAGGCUGAAGCUACUCGUGAUGCUCGUGCAAAGGUAGAUAUCAGCUAACUUGUCGAGGACGGUGCCAAAUUCUGAAAAGGCUUGUUUCAGUAUGAUAUGUCAAUCAAACAAUGAGAUUAUAUUUUAAAAGAAAGAAAAAGCUUUUACCAAGGAAAUUAUGUUAUUGACCAUUGUUUGAUUUCAGGUCAUUGCUGCUGAAGGUGAACAAAAUGCAUCUCGUGCACUGAAGGAAGCUGCUGACAUCAUUUCCGAGUCACCCUCUGCUCUUCAGCUGAGAUACCUGCAGACAUUGACAUCCAUCUCAGCUGAGAAGAAUUCCACUAUUAUUUUCCCACUCCCCGUUGACUUUCUGAGCAGAUUUUUGCCAGAUGAAAAGAAAUGACUAGGCAGCCAAAAACAAGAAAUUGGAGAACGCUCUUCUGAAUCACCAUUGACUGAAGUUAGUGUUCUGUAAACAAAACUUGUUCUGUGAACAUUUCGAAAAUAGUUUACACAGUGUUGUAUAUAAUCCUGCUUUUACCUCAGCAAGCAGUUAUUUAUAAUUUUGAUCAAUAUACGGGAAUCUUAAGAUUAUUUUAACUCAAUAUAUCAGCCAAUAUCAAUCUUGUCAACUACAUUUUCCUUGUUGAAAAAUAUAUUGUAAUGAUGACAAAAUUGAUUAAAAAAAAUUGAUUGAAAAGCAAUCUGAAUUAAAACAUAUACCCUGCUGUGAGUAUAAGAUAGUAGAAUAAAUGGGAAAUUCCAAUAGUGCAUGGGGUGUAGUCAAUUAGGAAUCACAAACUAGAAGUGUUCAGAUCUCUUUCCUAUUGAGUGCUGUUGAACCAAAUUAAAGUUAUAGCCUCAGGGGAUCAGAGCAGAGAUAACCUUCCUAAUGAACCAACGAGGACUCGAAGUCUGUACACUAACAGAAAAUACCAAGCAGAUACAUCAAGAGUGCUCUUGUGUCAGUCACUUUGCCACAUAUAUUUUAGUUUAGCUCUUGGUUUGUCAUUAAGAUGGUUACCAAUCACAGACUAAACCUACCCGAUCCUAGAUUACUUUCAACACUCAGAAAAAAUUUGUACUGACCCUGUUGGGAUUUAAAAAAUUUUUUUUAGCAUUUUGCAGAUUACUAAUCGGUGGUCUGUUUUUGUUUUGUUUUUUUUACCAACAUUUGUUUUUUAUUAUGCUAGUUUUGCAAUAGAAGCGUUUUUUUUCCUUUCAUAUUCAUAGUUGACAUGUUACUGUACGACGUGAUAGGACUGUUAGACAAGUAUUAUCAUAUGCAGCUGUCAUGAAGACAGUAUGGAAAACUGAUCAUUCUGUCUGAAGUCUGCUCGUAUGUCUGACAAAACUUAAAUGCUGUUUACUAUUUAAGAACAUCAAAAUAUAACAUUCACAUAAACCAACCAUGUGUAGAUUAAAGAUAAGAUUUAUGUUCAAUUGAGAAUCAUUGACUGUUUAGCAUCAAUACUUGGGGCAUCAGAGCUUUCCUAGGAAAAAUUUUUAUAUAAUUUACUUCUUAUGAAUAGAAGUUGCAUGUACUGACAAUUCUCAAGGGUGAAAGUAUAAAGCUGCUUGCUGACAUUUUUUUUUUUAAUACUUGCUAAUUUGUGCCAAUUUUGUAUCAUUUUGCAAAUUGGGAUGUCCCUUGUUCUAAACUGUCCAAAUACAGUAGCAUUAGAUAUAAAAUAUUGUUGAACCAGUAAUUGAUGUUAAAUGUCAACAAUUGAAGUAAAAAUUAAAGCUAACAUAUCAUGAUUAAAUGAUGAGUCUUAAAAUUUUUUCAAUGUGGCAUCAAGACUUUUCUGUAUGAGAUAUAGCUGAUCUGUUAUAAAGUGGACAGAAUUCUUUCACUUGAAGUGAGUAUGUUUUGGGGAACAGUGAUGGUGCAUUGAUGACUGUGCUUGCCUUCAAGCCUAGUGGUCUGGGUUC